UGGCUUGCAGAGGAUGCCUGCUGGCCGGUGAAAGGCGUCUCCGAUGUGGAUCUUGUCGCUGUCCGACGCGCGAGUGGUGCUGAAAUUUGGAUGAUGCUUGGCCAGCGACUGCAGGGCUGCCGCUCCCUGCACUUGAAUGAAGACAACGGCCGUUUCGUGCUUCUCGCCAUCCUCAUCUUGCUGUACCUGCUGUGCGGCGCUGCGGUCUUCUCGGUUAUUGAGAGGCCCUCGGAGGUGCAGGCUCACGGCCGCUGGAACGGGACGCUCCUCAACUUCAGUGAGACCUUCAACAUCAGCCUGCAGGACCUCAACUCCUUCCUGCGGGAGUAUGAGGCUGCCAUUGCCGCCGGGAUCAGGGCUGAUGCUCUAAGGCCAAGAUGGGAUUUUACUGGGGCUUUUUAUUUUGUUGGAACUGUGGUGUCGACUAUAGGAUUUGGGAUGACAACCCCUGUGACAAUUGCAGGCAAGGUGUUUCUGAUCUUUUAUGGGCUUCUGGGCUGUGCAGCCACUAUCCUCUUCUUUAACCUCUUCCUGGAGCGUAUCAUCACACUCCUAGCUGUGGUGAUGAAGGCUGUGAGGGAAAGACGAAUCAGGAACAGUGGUUUGCUCCCACCAGGCAUCCGCCAUGACUUUUCAGCUUAUUCCCUCCCAGGAUGGAAGCCCUCUGUGUACCAUGUGAUGCUGAUUCUCGGGCUAUCGGCCAUCACCAUCUCCUGCUGUGCAUCAGCCAUGUAUACCCCCGUGGAGGGUUGGGCUUACUUAGACUCACUCUACUUCUGCUUUGUGACUUUCAGCACGAUCGGCUUUGGGGACUAUGUUAGCAGCCAGAGUGCUGCUUAUGAAUAUCAAAGCCUCUACAGGGUGGCCAAUUUCUUCUUCAUGCUGAUGGGCGUGUGCUGUAUCUACUCACUAUUCAAUGUCAUUUCUAUUGUCAUUAAACAGGUGCUCAACUGGAUGCUAGAGAAAAUGAGCUGCUUGUUUUGCCAGCGUUGCAAUAAAGCUAAUGCCUUCCUGGGCAGGCGCAACGCCAUCCGUCCAGGCUCCAGGGGUCGCAAGGGUCGAUUAGGCCAGCCACCUGACUCAGAUGGACCUUGUGAUAGUGACACUGAGGGACGGAGACUAUCAGGGGAGAUGAUCUCAAUGAAAGACCUAGCAGCCUCUAACAAGGUAUCACUGGCCAUCAUGCAGAAGCAGCUCUCUGAGUCUGCCAAUGGAUAUCCCAGGACAGUCUGUGGAAGCUCACGCCAUAAUGGUUUUUCUGGGGGGGUUGGUGCCCUUGGUAUUAUGAACAACAGGCUGGCAGAGACGAGUAACUCCAGGUAGAGGGCACAGAGAGGCAGAAAACAAAGUAUGUGAGCUUUGUUUUCUAAUGCUCUACAACAAAACCAUGAAAAACCUUAGAAAAGGAUUGCCAUGUUACUUGUUAUGCAUGAUCCAUGUGAUUUUUCAAUAACGUUGAUUGGAGUUACAAACCUGCUGUGUAAUACAGGUAACAAUGGGGAAUAUUUUAGCAAUGAUUUUAAAACGAAGGCAUGAAGAGAGAACCACAGAGUUAUCAAAGCAUGGGAUCCACCCAUCCACCAUGUCAUUAACUUCAAGCCCAAAAUCAGAACAAGUUGCUGCGAGUCAUUGAAAUAUCAGAGUUUAACUGCAGAGGAAAUAGUUUAUUGUGAUCCCGCAGUAUAUCAGACUUUUUAUGACUGAAACAUUGUGCUGUGAAGGAGCCGGGGGACGCGUUCAGCAUGGUUUUUACUGUCCUGGGAUUCUGCCAGUUUAUUUGAAUGUACAUACUGAAUGCUGAUAAAAACAAGUAUAAUCUUUAAACGAUAUAGCACAUACUGAUCUAUGCAUAAUACUGUACUUCUCAUGCAUUUUGCACCAUUUAUAAACCAUUGACUCUGCAAACCCCAUUGUUUUUAUUCCAUCCUCAGGUGAUUGAUUUUUUUUUUCUGGGGGCAACUAUAUGAAGUAGAAUUUCUGAGCAUGGCCAUGAUGUAGCUGAUUGUUAGUGCAGGGCAGUUUUCUGGUGUAACACUAAGAAGCCACACAGAGUAAUUUCCACUCUCUUAUAAUGGAGAAAAGAGCAAAGAUGAAGAAUGAAAAUCCAUUUCUUGUGAAAGAGGAACUGGCCUUCUUAUCACUUAAGCACAUGUUUCAGUGGCCAAAGACAUUGACUUGAAAGGAAACGGCAGCCCCAUUCCCUUUCUUCCUUUUUUAAGCUGACAACUCUCUGUGAAGAAAGGUUUCAGUGAUGUAAUUACAACAUGUAGACAAGCAUUUGUAAAAUAUAUUAAAUAAGGAUUGUGUUUGUGUCUGUUGGGAGUGAAGGGAUGUGUCGGAUAUGGAAAAUCAGAGCAGCACUAGUCAAAAGUCAAAAGUUCUGUUACUGUGAACAACUUAACGCCAUAUGAGUAGAGGAUGAAAUAUCUAUUUUUGUCUUGUACUGUUUUAGGAAAGAAAAAGGGAAGAGUAAUAGACCAAAGUUUAUGCACUUCAAAUGUUACUUUAAACUCUUAACAAAGUUUGAUCAAGAGACUAUACAGCUAUUUUUAUGAGAUAUACAGGUAGCUUGUUCCAAGUCAAUGAAUAAUGUCUAAAAUUCUAAUCUUUAUUAGAAAAAAAUCCACUCCACACUUAAAUAACUAGUGUUCACAAGCUGCUCUUAGCACCUGCUCUAAAAAUUAUGUAUCCAAUGUCCGCAGAGCAAAAGCAAAAUAGCAAAACGUGGUCAGGAAGUUGUUUCCUCGGUUUAUAAUGGAAAUGAGAAAUAGCACUUAACGGGACGGAUGUGGGGAAACAGAGAUCUGAAAGACCAAGAAAACCUUCUCAGAAAACCGCUAAUAGGAUUGUUGGAAAGGUGAAUUAAAAUCCGCAUGACAGAAAAAAGAAUCUGCAGACUCUGGAGUGCUGUUGCAAUUUUUCCUGCUGUUUGCAGCAGCAUUUAAGCAAACAUGACCUUCAUGGAUGUAUCGUCAGAAGAAAACUUUUCUUGCAUCUUCAGCAACAAAAGAAAAAGAGUCAGCAUUAGAAGUUUCACCGUCUUAAUUAACCUGAUGGAUUUUUGGAAACAAGUCCUGCUGAUUGAUUAUGUUAAAGCUGAACUUCAUGUCUGCAAUGUGUAAAUGCAUGUUUAGAGGGGGGGAAAAGAGAUGCAGAAAUUAUUAAAAGGGCACCCUUUUAACUGUGAAGCAGGGUUGUGGAUUACACAGGACCAUUAAGCAGCGAGAAUAGGAAAAAUUUGCAGAAUAAUUAUUGAAAGAUUUUUGACAACUAGUGAAAUGAAUUAAUAGCUGUAAUAUUUGCACAAGUUGUUGAUGGGGUUCUUUUUUCUUUGGCUUUUGAUUCUAAGAUUAAAAAAAAAAAAUCUUUAACUUCAUGUUUAUGAAAGUUUAGCUCCUCUUUUACUGAGUUACUGAUUCACAGUGACAGAAAUUUUGACCAGUGGUGCCAAAGCAUUUGUAUGCCACUGACAGUUUCAUUCCACUUAAAAUGACUGAUAAUAACUCAGCCUGGGAUACUGUUGGAGAAGAAGAAGAACCAAAUCUUAAAUGAUUUUCUCACAAAUUGCACCAGUUUAUUACCUUAGUGAUUUUCUUAUUGCAUUUAUAUGAUCCUCUCUGUUACGAAAACACUCUUGUACAGCGUCCAGAAGCUGAUUUAACUUUCGGUUUAAAUGCGCAGCCAAAGUUUUAAUAGAUUGAGGGUUUUUGCAAUGGAUGUGGUGCUGCUCUGUCUGACUUGAGGAUCAAUGUUCUUGUUGCUGGCAACUAUUUCUCUAAGGCACUGGUGAUUUAGUGAUGUUGUUUGAUGUUGCAAACAGCAUGGCAGCGGAGAAGACACUGAUAGUUAAACUGUCCUGGUGAUGGUGAUGAAAGCUGAGGUGGGGUUAAUCGGCUCCCUUCAGAUCCAAAUUCCUGCGCAAUGUAAAUCAACAGCAAAGGGUUCAACCACUGCAGCCAUCCAUCUUCAGCAUCUAAAGUCCCUUCAGCCCACUCGCUUCUUUUUCCCUGUCAUCUCUGCAUUCAUUUCACACGCACUGCAGCAACCCCCCACCCCCACUGCUUAAAUUCUCUUGCAAAUCUCUGCUCUCCCUUCACCGUCCUCACUCUUACACUGUGAAUAACAGACAUGCCAUUUAUAUGUGUAUAUAUGUAAAGCAAUGGAAUGUCCUAAAAAGCCCUUUUGCGAUAAGGUGUGAUUGAACCUGGAUCAAUACUUGGUUGAUUUCGAAGCAUAAAGUAGAUCUGAACAAUUUCCUUUACUCUGCAGUCUCACCAAGAGGAAUAGAGAAAAUGACUCAGGUAGUUAAAUCUUCAGGCUCGUCUUAGUUUUACCUGCAUGCCGUUGUGGUAAAGCCAUAGCUGUAAAUAAAACAGAGUACUCUUUAAAGUCUAUUUUUCUACAUGUAGCUUUCAAAUACCUACACGUGGAUUGCUUAAAAAAACUCACUGUCUCUUGUCUCUUGCACAGUCAGUCAGCAGGUUGAAGAGAUUCAGAGAUUCAAAUUUAGAACUCAGCUACCCUACAGUAUAUAUAUAAAACAUGCAUAUAUAUAAGAAAAACAACACAGAUUUUCCUAAAGUUAACAAAGACAUUAAGAUGUUUGCAGUUGGAUGCCAGAAAACCACUACUUUCAUGUCUUAGAUUAGACCCAGCCUUCUUAGAAAACUCUCUGCAGGAAGUUGUCCUAUAUAUUUCCCAAAAUGUCAGUUUAUUCCUUCGACAGUUCCCAACAGACUGGCUCAUGAGGAGUGAACUGAGCAUGUGUUGACGACAUAAGGCCAGCAUCAGCAUCGGAAAAGCCUCAUGCUUUACACACACACACACACACACACACUGCAGUGAU